CCGACUGUCCUUCAAUUCACGUCAAUCGCUAGUUGUCCCACAAACCUAUCUGGAGCCGCGCGACAUCCUCACUGUGCUGCUCCUGAUGUCGCUGCGAUAGGAUGAUUGCAGCUACUCGCCGUUGGUUUCGACGCAAUCGGACCAAUUUACUGGUUGGAGCCGGAGUGCUCGGUGCCGGCUACCUCGCCGGCCAAUAUGUACUCGGCAAGAUUCAGGAGGCACGUCAGCGCAUGAGCGACGAGAAGAUUGCGAAAGAGAACCUCCGACGACGAUUCGAGCAGAACCAGGAGGAUUGCACAUAUACCGUACUCGCUCUUCUACCCACCGUGCGAGACGAAGUCGUCACUUCAUUACCCGUCGAGAAUAUCACGCAGCAAUUGCAGCAAGAAAGGCAGGAGCGCCUACAACGAUUGGGCGCGACACCAUCCGAGGCCGCAUCAUCCGAAUUCCCAUCGGCACCGGCGAGCGCAGUCGACGAUGAUGGCAAGAGUACGACCAGCCUCCAGAGUAGCAGCUUCAUUCACGCAAGCCAGGUCGCACACAGUACGCUCAAUCUGGGCGAACAACCAGCACAGCCGAAAAAGAGCAAGGUUCAGCUAUGGCAGGAUAUGAAGAUCCAGUCCAUCACAAGGGCCCUCACACUGCUAUAUUCCAUGUGUUUACUGACACUGCUCACUCGAAUCCAACUCAAUCUGCUUGGCCGGCGCACCUAUCUUUCCUCCGUCGUAGCCCUUGCAUCUCCACCGCCCGCCACACAGUCUUCCACCAUUUCGCUGGAGAACAAGGACGAUGACAAUUACGAUAACGUCUACGGCAACGACUUCGAGACGAAUCGCAAAUAUCUUACGUUCAGCUGGUGGUUGCUUCAUCGAGGCAGCAAGCAGAUUUUGGAUCGUGUAAUGGUGGCGGUCAAAGAAGUGUUCGGAUCCGUGCACAUUCGUGAAGACGUGACCUUGGAGCGGAUGGCGGACUUGAUCAUGCAAGUGCGAAGAAAAGUUGAAGGAUCAAGGGGAGAGGAGAGACGCAGCAUGAAGUGGCUUGAAUAUCUACUGCCACCUAAGGAGGAGGAGUCGUUUGUGAUAAGGCAGUCCGGCAUGUCCGAAGAUGACGAGUCACCGUCGCCUGAGGCGAGAUUUGAUUCAGAUCCGAUGGACGAAGCGCAGAUCAACGACUCUCUGAGAAGAUUACUGGACGAGACUUCCGACUUGAUCGAUUCGCCCACAUUCUCCUACGUCCUCACAAGGCUACUUGACGCAUCAUUCUCACAUCUUGUCGAUUUCAGGCUCGCGACUGAGGCUUUUAAGCAGCCGCCUCCAGGCCACGAGUCCCGAAUCGUGGAGAUCCAAGAGAACAAGUGCAAGAUUGCACAUGCACUACCUAUCUUUUGCAAGCAAGCGCAUGUGAUUGGAGCUGGGAGUGGAGAGUUGGACACGAUCGAGGGCGUCGCUGCUCAGGAGCAGCUUGGCAACGAAUACUUGGCAGCCAUUGAUCAGGUGCCCGACCUUGGAGCAUUCGCAGCUGUGAUCUACAGCUCAAACUUCGAGCAAGAACUUCCACAAGAUGGCGAGCAGGCAGGCAGGAGAGCGAGAGAUGGAAAUCAUGUCAGUUCUAGCAGUCCGUCGAGUGCAGCCGAAAUCGGCGAGACGCUAAGCACGGCAGCCGACAGUUUGUUAGAGGACAGUGACUUGCUGGUGUUGAGUCAAGGUCAAGCAGAUGAUGGCCCCGGGACUGCUACAGCCAAGGCUGAUCUGGAGGCGGCGUGGAUCAAAGCCCAGGCGCAGUCGAAAGACGACACCGAGGGCAACAUCAGGCUGAGUUAGUUACUCUGGCUGGGAUCGUUCCAGCGAUGCAAGUUAUUCCAGGCACGCUAUCUCUGCGCUCCCGACAGUGCAAUGAGCUUGAACGAG